UGAGGAUUUUACAUCAUUAUUGUACAUUCUACAUUUUUAUUUGGUACAUUUUUUAAAUGAAAAAUGCAAUAAAUAUAUUUUGUUGAGCAAAUAACAAGUCUCAAUCUUUCUUUCAAAAAAAAAAAUAAAUAACAAGUCUCAAUCUGAGUCUUUGCUUUCAUAUUUCAUUUUUUUUCUUCUUUCUGUGGAUUGUAGUAAAAUUUGUGUUAGAGAGAAAAGCCGGCAAAUGCUUAUGCCAUUGGAGGUGGUUUUGGAUGGUUUUUGGUGGCUUUUUUCAGUACCUAAAUAGAAAGAUUAUAGCUCCAUCCAUGUCUUUGGCUGCCUCCGACGACAUUUUCCUUUCCACUUCACUCGCAAGCUAUCUUGAUAAGAAACUUCUUGUGUUGUUGAGAGAUGGGAGAAAGCUUUUGGGUUUACUGAGAUCUUUUGAUCAGUUUGCUAAUGUAAUUCUUGAAGGUGCUUGUGAACGAGCUAUUGUGGGUGAUAUUUACUGUGAUAUCCCAUUAGGUCUAUAUGUAAUUCGAGGUGAAAAUGUGGUGUUGAUUGGAGAGCUGGACUUGGAUAGGGAGGAGCUUCCUCCACAUAUGACUCAGGUCUCAGAAGAAGAGAUAAAAAGGGCUCAGAAAGUAGAAAAGGAUGCUAGUGAUCUUAAGGGUACCAUGAGAAAGAGAAUGGAGUUUCUUGAUUUUGAUUAAUUCUAUUAUGGGUAACUAUUGUAUUUUUCAUACAUGGGUGAAAUGGUCAGUGAGAGUCUGAGACUAAGCAGAUCAAUUUCACUUCAAGAGGAGGGGUUUCAGAACAAAGCUGCAACAGCAUUGGGGACUCGAUUUACAGAUGAUGGGGAAAAGUAUGCAAAUUUUGUACCUCUUGGAGGCAAUUUGUGGUGUCUAUUUCCUCUAUUGCAUGUUAUUUUUUACUUGAUACAUGCCAUUCAUGUAAUUGGGUCUAAAUGCUCUGUUUUAUUUCUUUUUCUUUCUGUUUGUAUUGUUUGAAUUGUCCAGCUUACCUUGAUGGGGUUGUGGGAUGGUUUUAUUUCUGGCACUCAACCCAGAGUUGUUAUGGGAACUUAAAUUUUACUACUAUGUAGCCAGAUCUUUUACGCCAGACUCAGAUACCAACCCAUUUAUGUUUUGUGAUCUGGGUUUUAUUUCCACGGAGAUGACAAGCUUCUGAAAUGGAUGGUUCCCUCUUUGGGUUUAGAA